AUGCCCUUCUCCAACAGCUCUGAGCUCAGCCUGUCCUUCCUGCUGGCCGGCCCGCCAGGGCUGGAGGGAGCGCACUCCUGGCUGCCCGCGGUGCUGUGCGCGGCCUACGCGCUGGCCGUGCUGGCCAACGGCGCCGUGCUGCUGGCCGUGCGCGCCGAGCCGGGCCUGCACGCGCCCAUGUACCUCUUCCUGUGCAUGCUGGCCGCCAUCGACCUGGCGCUGGCCUCGGCCACCGUGCCGCGCACCCUCUGCCUCUACUGGCUGGGCAGCCGCCGCAUCGGCUUCGGCGCCUGCCUCACGCAGAUGUUCCUCAUCCACGCGCUCUCGGCCGCCGAGUCCACCGUGCUGCUGGCCAUGGCGGCCGACCGCUACGUGGCCAUCUGCCACCCGCUGCGCCACGCCGCCGUGCUCGACGGCCGCGCCACGGCCAAGGUGGGGCUGCUGGCCCUGGCGCGCGGCGUGCUCUUCUUCCUGCCGCUGCCCCUGCUGCUGCUGCCGCUGCCCUUCUGCGGGCCCCGCCGCCUGUCCCACUCCUUCUGCCUGCACCAGGACGUGAUGAACCUGGCCUGCGCCAACACCACCCCCAGCGUGGUGUAUGGGCUCACCGCCAUCCUGCUGGUCAUGGGGCUGGACGCCGUGCUCAUCUGCCUCUCCUACCUGCUCAUCCUCAGGGCCGUGCUGCGCCUGGCGGCCUGGAGGGAGCGGCUCAAGGUGUUCGGCACCUGCGUCGCCCACAUCUGCGUGGUGCUGGCCUUCUAUGUGCCCCUGAUCGGGCUCUCCGUGGUGCACAGGUUCGGCAAGGACCUGGCGCCGCUGGUCCACAUCAUCAUGGGCAACGUCUACAUCCUGGUGCCCGCUGUGCUCAACCCCAUCAUCUACGGGGUGAGGAGCAAGCAGAUCCAGAGGACGAUCCUGAGCUUGAUCCGUGUCACUGACAGAGCUCCCCGGUGACCCAAGCCUGGCUGUUGCCCCAUACCCUCACCCUGGCUCACCUGGUUUUACAUCAGAGCCUUUGGUGCCGGACCAUCCUCUCCAUGUGCUCUGAGGGGCGGCCACCAGGCUUGUAAACUCCUCCCAAGAGUGUUGGCCCUCACCAAACUCAGAGAGAAAUGACUGCAGUGAUCUAAAUCCAACCCCAAUCUCACCAAACUCAGAGAGAAAUUACUGCAAUGAUCCAAAUCCAAUCCCAAUCCCACCAAACUCACAGAGAAAUGACUGCAAUGAUCUAAACCAAAUCGCACUCUCACCACAGAGAGAAAUGGCUGCAAUGAUUAAAUCCAAUCCCUAUCACACCAAACUCACAGAGAAAUUACUGCAAUGAUCUAAACCCAAUCCCAAUCUCACCAAACUCAGAGAGAAAUGACUGCAAUGAUCUAAACCCAAUCCCAAUCUCACCAAACUCAGAGAAAAAUGGCUGCAAUGAUCUAAACCCAAUCCAAACCUCACCAAACUAACAGACAAAUGACUGCAGUGUUCUGAAUCCAAUCCCAACCUCACCAAACUCACAGAGAAAUGAUUGCAAUGAUCUAAACCCAAUCCCAAUCUCAGCAAACUCAGAAAUGACUGCAAUGAUCUAAAUCCAAGCCCGACCUGGCAGGAUCCACAAGAAGGGAAAAGUGACUCUGCAAACUCACACAGAUGUCCCAACAUUGCUCCUCUUGUUUCCCUUCUCACCUCUAACCAUGGCAGAGCAGAGAAAAUGCUGGAUGGUUUGGGAUGAUUUAGUUAAUUCCUUGUUUUCACAUUGAGUACAGUCACAUACCAGAAGUAUUGCCAGAAAGCUUGCAUGUAGCAUCAUUCUUUAAGUAAAAUAAUUACAGGACGCCUGUCCAAAGUGACAUUACAGAUGCAGAAAUGCAUUUCAGAGAAAGAAUGUCCACCUCUGUGGUCAUGUUCUGACCUGCUGGGUGCUCUGUCAAGACCCCUCAAUCUCCUCAUAGCAGAUACUGUGGAAAAACUUCAGACUCAGAGUUACUGGUAGCAAUUGUAAAAAAUAAUUCAAAUUAGUAAGUGUAUUCAAUAAAAUGGAAACAUCUCAAGGGAAAAA